CAUAAUGUAAUGGUGAAAAGCCCACACGGUUUCCCAUCAGAGCACAGCCCUCUGUCACAUGGUCCACUGUUGGUUUGUGCCCAGAGAGAGGGAGAGGGAGGACCAACAAACCUGGACGCAGAGGAAACCUAACACCGAGCUUCUCCCGAAUCCAAAACACCACCAACAAACAAAAAAAAAGAAAAAGCGUGUGAAUACUUUUAACCCUGAAGAAUGACUUCUUAUUUUAAUUUUAUUUCUGCCAGCGUGUGUUUUAUUUUGUAACGCUAUGAAGUGAAACUCCGCCAUAUUCAAGCUUCACCACCACCACCACCACCACGCCCGGGACUCCACGCCACCAGCUUCACUUCAGUCUUCUUCUUAAAGUUGUUGCACAAACUUAAUUUCCUCUUCACAAGAGAGGAACAAGGAGUAAUGAUUCUGAGCUCCGUGGGGGCUUGCUGCCUCAGCCCAGAGGCCAAAGAGGCUCGCAGGAUCAACGAUGAGAUUGAGAGGCAGCUCCGCCGGGACAAGAGGGACUCCCGACGGGAAUACAAACUCCUAUUGCUCGGAACUGGUGAAAGCGGGAAGAGCACUUUCAUCAAACAGAUGAGGAUCAUCCACGGUCGUGGAUACUCCGACGAGGACAAGAGAGGGUUCACCAGGCUCGUCUACCAGAACAUCUUCACAGCUAUGCAGGCCAUGGUCCAGGCCAUGAAUACAUUACAGAUCCCCUACAAGUAUGAAAACAACAAGGCAAACGCCAGUCUUGUCAGUGGGGUCGAUGUGGAGAAGGUGACAACAUUAACGAAACCUUACGUGGAUGCCAUCAAGAGACUGUGGAGUGACCCGGGGAUUCAGGAAUGCUACAAUCGGAAGAGGGAAUACCAGCUCUCAGACUCGACCAAAUACUAUCUCAAUGACUUGGACCGAAUUGCUGAUACCCCUUAUCUGCCAACACAGCAGGAUGUCUUGAGGGUCAGGGUGCCCACGACAGGUAUUAUAGAGUACCCGUUUGACCUGGAGAAUGUGGUGUUCAGGAUGGUGGAUGUGGGUGGCCAGCGUUCAGAGAGGAGGAAGUGGAUUCACUGCUUCGAGAAUGUCACUUCCAUCAUGUUCCUGGUGGCGCUCAGCGAGUACGAUCAGGUCCUCGUGGAGUCCGUCAAUGAGAAUCGCAUGGAGGAAAGCAUGGCCUUGUUCCGGACAAUCAUAACCUACAAGUGGUUCAAAGAGUCCUCUGUAAUCUUGUUCCUCAACAAGAUAGAUUUGCUGGAGGAGAAGAUCAUGUACUCGCAUUUGGUCGACUACUUCCCUGAAUAUGAUGGUCCCCAGCGAGAUGUCAAAUCAGCGAAAGAAUUCAUCUUAGAUAUGUUUGUCAGCCUCAAUCCACACGAGAAAAAAAUAAUCUACUCCCACUUCACCUGCGCCACAGACACAGACAACAUUCGAUUUGUCUUCCGUGCGGUGAAGGACCACAUCUUGCAGGGCAACCUGGAAGUCUACAACUUGGUUUAAAGCGACGGUGUUGCCACUGUAAUUCAAUCGGCUUUGUACAGCUGGCAGUCAGGAGAGCUCUGCAGUGAUUCAGUUUGCCUCACACUGCUGCUGAACACUAUAAUCCAAAACAGGACAUUGAGAAGCUACAGAGCUUGUCGCCAAAUGACUGUACUACUGAUGUAUUUCAAAUUUCCCUGUUAGGCUCUUUGAAAAUGGAUGUCUCCAGCUAUAAUGAAGUGUGUCCUGACAAUUAAAGUGCUGCUUUAGCGAGGAGUCUAUUAUAGUAUGCACUCUGAAAAUCUAUGGAGCGCUUUGCGAACAUUUUCGAGCAGUAACAGUAUAAAUGCACAUAGAUGGAUUGUGAGGGGGAAAAAAAAAGUAUUUCUGUGGCCUCGAAAGGCUCUGAGGACUUGUAAUGUACUAGGUCUCUCCUUCAGGGAUUCUGUGGAUGUGAAUGUAGACUGACUGCAAUGCAGCACCUCACAUCACUAACCCAAGUUGGUCAUAGUUUAUAUUUUUUAUUUUUAAGUUAAAAAAAUACUCUGAGUUUGUGUCUUUACUGCGAAAAGGAGUCAUAAUUAACACUAAUAAGACAUUAACUGUAUUACAGACAUUGAUUUGCACUCUGUGCAUCUUGUAACAUUGGUAUUUGUGCUGAUGUUCUGCGUGUUUAACUCACCUCGUUGUGUAUUAUCAUUUCCACAACCAUCAUUUAAAGGUUUCAGCAGACUUCGUACACAUUUUUGCAUUUCUCUGUCAUGGCAUUAUUCAGCCUUAAACCACUUUUUAUAAGCACAGUAUAUUGUUAAAUGACUUAGCACACACAAAGGGAAUCCUACUGUCAUCCUACUAGAUUCUGCUACAUUAGCAUUCCUUUUUUUUAAAAAUAAAAGUAUUUCUGUCAAAGCUAUAGAAUCAAAUGUUAAGGGACUAUUUGAUUGGGUUAAGUAGUUUUCUUGCCUAAAAAUCAUUUGAUAAAUGGCCCCAGUAUUGUAUAUGAAUGUGUAUUGUAAAUAUAACACGGUACAGUUCUUUUUUUUCUUUUUUUUUUACCUUUACUUGCAUCAAGGUCAGUGUUGAAAGGCUAACUGCUGAAGAGAAGACCGUUGUGUUAAACAAUCUCUGAGGCUAUGAACUAGUGCCUUCUUCAUCUUAAUUCAUUUUGCUGUUCAAGGGCAUCAAAUGCAUGAAAAAAAAAAAAAAGCUAACGAGAGCGUAUCCACGGCACUAAUGUUUACAUGACCCUUCUCUUCCUGCUAAAAAUAAUUACAGCCUAAUUUGAACUGUUUAAUUUAUGGUUCACUGUCAGGUGUUUUUAAUGUGAUUGGAUAAAUAAACGGGCAUUUUGUCGUUCA